AAGGGAAGAAACCUGGAGAAGGUGUUAUUAGUGUUCUAUGGCAAUGUGCCUAUGAUCACCUGCAGUUCUCACGCAUGGACACCAGGGGGCGAGCGAGUCCUCGCUAGAAGCCUGAUAGAGAAACAGCGUGCAGUUUAUGAAUGUUCACCGCUAGAUGGCAGCGCAGAACAACAACAUUGUGACGUAUGAAACUCAAACCAGCAGGUGGAACGCAAAACCCGGAAGUGUGGUGGAGCACAAGCGGAAGUUUCACAUGGAAGCGGAAGUGGGUAGAGCUAAUCCUGGAGUUGAAGGGGACUGGAGAGUAAAUAGCAGCUAACUGACUGUGAGGAAGUGGGAGUGUGUUCUGUAUGGCUUGUAUUUUAUAUACUGCCUCUGUAUGGCUUGUAUUUUAUAUAUUGCCUCUGUAUGGCUUGUAUUUUAUAUACUGCCUCUGUAUGGCUUGUAUUUUAUAUACUGCCUCUGUAUGGCUUGUAUUUUAUAUAUUGCACAGCCUGGGAGUAUUUAUUAUGAUUGCAAUGUGGUUUUUGGAUGUAUGGGACACAAAUGUGAUAUAAACCUGAACAUCACAGAGAUUUAUUUAUUUAUCCUUAUUAUUUUCCAGGUUGUCAACCUUCUAAAAAGGUGUGAGCCGCACCCGUGGACAACAAACGGCGCCGAGCGAUCCGCAGAGGAUGGAGGAGGACCGGGGUCACAUGACCGAGACCAUCUUAGACCUCACCCUGGAGAUCGUCUACCUGCUGACCGGAGAGAAAUAUGCCGCGGUGAAGAUGGCGACUAUUGAGGGUCUCUUACAAGGAAUGUAUCCAACGAUAACCAAAGGGUGGAUCAGGACGCAGAGUCCCAGAAAAGGACCCCCACCUCCCUCCUUGACAACUGAGAGAUACAACAACAAGAAGAUUGUAGAAGUGACCCAGAAGAUCAUUGAUCUGCUGGCAGGAGAGGGGGUUUUAAGAGAAUCCGAAUGUCACCAGCAGGAUAUCAUGAUGGAGAAUCUCCAGAACCUCCAGGCAGCAGACUCAUCCGAAAGAACCGAGACCACCGAGGAUAUAAAGAAGGACACCGACUCUAAUGAAGAAGAGUGUCUCUUGGAUGGAGGAAUUAGUAUCGAGAUGGACAACGUCAAGGAAGAACCUUCCUCCAAGGAAGACCUUUCCGAUGGAGACUGUUGGACCCAUAGAAACCUCCAACCGCCCGCGAAGAUUGGGGAGGACGCGCCGCAAAAUAGAAGCAUCUUCGACUCCGAGAGACACAUUUGUAUCAAGGAGGAGUCUGGCAGCGAAGAUCUUGGGUUGGACUACAUAGCCUGUCGUAUUAAAGAGGAAUUGUUUUCAGAAGACGAAGGGCGCCCUUCAGAGAGGAUUAGGCACACGUACUCAACACUAUGGACUCCGCGCCAAGAAGAAGAAGGUGGCGACCCGCCUGGGGACGGACACAAAAGAAAUGCUCAACCGGCCACUUUAUCCCAGCCGCCGUCACCCGGCGCCGAGUCCAAGACCUUCAGAUGCGCCGAGUGCCAGAAAAGCUUUUCCAAGAGCACGAACCUGACCGUCCACCAGCGGAUCCACUCCGGGGAGAAGCCGUACGUGUGUUCCGAGUGCGGCAAGUCCUUCAAUCAGAAGUCGGUGCUGAUCAGCCACCAGCAGACCCACAGCGGCCUGCGGCCUUACCCUUGUUCCGAGUGCGGGAAGAGUUUCACCAAGAGGACCAACCUGACCGUCCACCAGAGGAUCCACUCGGGAGAAAAGCCGUACCUGUGCUCGGAGUGCGGGAAGUCCUUCACCCAGAAGUCUGGCUUGAUCUGCCACCAGCGGACUCACACCGGGGAGCGGCCUUAUUCUUGUCCCGACUGCGAGAAGUGCUUCACCAGCAGCUCCCACCUCCGUUUGCACCAGAGGGGACACUCCUCGCACGCCAGCCGAGAGACGCAGUGCUGAUUUUUUUUGUUUCCCGUCAAAACUUUAUAUCGUAUUUUUAAGAUAAAAGAACAAAAGUUGUAAUAAUGUUCCUACCUCCUCCCCCUUUGUUGGCUGCUUUAAAGGGGUUGUAAAGGUACAAUUUUUUUUAUCGGUAUUGCGACAUUAUGGCGGACACUUAGGACACU